AUGUCUGCAGCUAUGCCUAUGCCGCCGCCUUCCUUGGCCCAUCCAGCAGCGUACAUUCUAGGUCCAUGGCUCAUAGGGACCUGCCUCGAGUUGAUUCUCCAGGGCGUCAUCUCGGGACAACUCGUCAAAUACUUCACGGUUUUCUCCACCUCCGACCCUCGGUCCCUACGGAUUUAUGUUGCUUUCCUGACAUUUCUAACGGUGGUCAAAUCGGGCCUGAAUUUUGGACUUCUUUGGCGCAAAUGCAUCAUUAACUUUGGACGUCUCAAUGACCCCUCCGACAGCGACCUCGUCGCUAUUCAAGCCAUGCUCAUGGCCUUCAUCGCUCUAUAUGUUCAGGGAUGGUACCUCCACCGCCUCUUUCGAUUCUCCAACAGCAAUGUGUUAAUCGUCAUCCCUGUUGGACUCGUGUUGCUUCUCGGCUUCAUCAUGACCAUUGUCGCAGGUGCCGUCCGCAUUGCGAGCUCAGGCAGAAGAUUCAAUGCCAUCGUCACAUACUAUGCUAUCUAUUUACCACUCGUAAUGAGUGGUAACAUCAUAUUGACCUUCGUCACUGGCUACCUUCUGGUUCGCCAUCGCAAGAGCCACAAUGUUCUUCCCGAAGACGAGCACCUUGUCACAACCGGAUUGCGACUCAGUCUCCAGACUGCCGCAUUCCCUACCAUCCUGUCUAUCAUUGCGUUUGCCUUCUCGCUGCGCUUUCCCGACCCAUAUCCGACUGCACGAUCCCAGGCCUGCAUCGGAGUCAACAUGGUUCUCUGCAAAGUUUGGGCGUUCUCCGUCAUGUGGACACUGAACGCACGCGUCGACGACAAGUUAGUGCCGAUGGACGAUACGAAGAGUCGCACGUUCCUCGAGAGCAACAAUGGAGCGGGUGAUGACCACGGAAGGUCCCAUAAUCGAGUCGAGGAGGGGCGGGGCAUGGCAUUUGGCGCUAGGGCUAAUAACGACCUGGAUGAUAUCGAUGACGACGAUGAAGAAGAUGUUGCUGAAGACGGUGAGCUGGCCGACGAAAAACAUGCUGGAGUGCAAGAGGUCAGCAUCGCGAAGCCGGAGACGGCGGCGAAACCUAAGGGUACCCAUCCAGUGAGGUUUUCUGUAGAAGGGAGCAGCACAUGCGCGAGCACCACGCCUGAAGAGGGGAAUCAAAACGAACAUGAGGAGAAGGAGUUCAAGGGAUUGGAGCAUGAAUUGAAUUCUGACGGGGACUCGGAGAAUGGGGAGGAAGAUGUCGAAGAGGAACCACGAGUUUGA